AGGAGAAGCUUCCCAGCGGCGGAGAAUUUUGGACCAGUUUGCACUACGCCGCUGCGCUGGAUGACGUCGAGUUGGUGCGAACUUUGCUCAAGGCCAACGCAGAUGUCAAGGCAAGAACAAAGGUUAAGGAUGUGGAUUUCUUCCUCCCAAGCGGGCAAACUCCGCUCCACGUUUGGGCCGCCUUUUCUGGUGAUGUCUCAGUGGCAAAAUGCCUACUGCAGCAUCGCGCACAGGUGGAUGAAGAAGAUUCGGAUGGCAUUACUCCGCUGAUGAUCAGCUGCCAAAUGGGCAAUCAGCAAAGUUGCAGGACCUUGUUAAGAAUGGAGGCCGAUCCCAACGUGCGGGACCAAUAUUCCAUGACGUCCAUCUUCGUCGCCGUGGGCUGCGAUCAUCCGGAAAUCAUCCAUCCACUGCUGGACUAUGAAGCGGAUCCCCACGUAAAAUGGGCCGGGGUUGGCUUGCUGCACUGUGCAGCUGGCCAUUGCACCGCUUUGCCCUGGGAUUGCGUGCAGCGGCUUUUGAAGGAGGGCCUGGAGUUGAAUGGACCAUGCACCAUCAGAAUCUUCUCGAAAAUGGGUCUUGUCUUGGCUUUCAGGGCGCUUCUUCACAAACAGCUCCGCGACCUCUUUGCUCUGGUCCAAGGCGUCCCUCCUUUGCUUCUCACAACUGUUCGUGGCAAUGUGGGGGCUCUGCAGACUUUGGUUCGUGCACGGGCAGAUCUUCAAUGUGAUCGCACAUUCUCCUCCGUUCAGGAUAUACUGCAGCGUUCCUGUAUUCCCGAGAGGAUCUUUUACACACUGCUGCAUGAGCCAGCAGACUGAGCGCAGCAUAGCGCAGCGACAAAAAAUCAUGGAAUUGCGGUGAGUAGUGACGCAGCAUGGGACAGGAGUUCAAG